AUGCACAGGCCGUCUCGAUCCCGCUCAAAUACCAAUGCGGAUCCUGCCGUUAUUCCACGAAUUACUCCGUCAUGUCCAAAUUCGAGUACUGUGCCCGACUUCUCGCAUUUGCGAAGGAGGAGACCAAGAAGUGCCCACUAUGACCCAAAUACAAUCACACUCUCCGAUAAUAAGGAAGUUUUAACGAAUGACAUAAAUGAGGAGUACGAGAAGCUCGAGAAGCUUGGAGAAGGUAGUUAUGCCACAGUAUACAAAUGUAAAUCCAGAUCUGAUGGUUCCAUAGUUGCUCUCAAGGAGAUCAAGCUACAGUUUCAGGAAGGCCUUCCAUUUACAGCUAUCCGAGAAGCCUCGCUUCUCAAGACUUUACGCCAUGCUAAUAUA